AGAUACCACACUCGCUACUCGAACCACGGCGGCCGGGACUCGGGCAACCUGCUUACCUCCCUCUUCGCAAACGAACUCGUCCAGCAGCUCGCACCGUUGCUCCUCAUUCUCGUCGUUCCGCUAUUCGUGCUACUUACGAACAAACACAAACGCGCGAUAGUUUAUCCUGUCCGUGUUCUGCUGCGCUACGUGGCCAUGGUGCUGCAAAGCCUGGCUGGCGCACUGCCGUGGAACUGGUAUGCGGGGUCAAAGGAGAAGACCUCAGAGAAGAAGAAGAUCGUGAGGACACGGGCCGAGCAGUCUGGGCUGUCCAACGGGUCACCAGCCCAAGGCUCGAGCAAGGAUGAGCUUGACGACCAGAAACAGGACUUCGAACCCGAAGAUGCUGAAGAUGAAGGGUAUUAUCCUGGGAUCGUCAAUAUAUCUGGGACGUACUGUUUUAUGGACUCAACUCUCCAAGCUCUUGCGUCGUUGGCGUACUUACAGCCUUACAUCAACGCCAUUCAUAUACGUGCGGAAGAGCUCGAUAUUCCGACGCCGGUGGUAGAUGCGUUACGUGAUAUAUUGCACGAACUAAAUACGCCGCGGUCAAGUCGAACAUCUCUCCGGCCUCAUGCCCUUAUCCAAGCGUUGUCUGCGCCACCUCCAUCAUCAUGUGCUGGUUCACGCAGCAGCAACCGACUAUUCUCUUCCCGAGAACACCAAGAUGCCCAAGAGCUCUUUCAAGUGCUUAUCGAAGCUGUGAAGACAGAAGCCGCAGAAGUAGCGCACGAAGCUGGGCGUGAUCUCGGCCUCGGCGGGGCCUUGUCGCCCAUACCCAAGCAGCCUAGCCAUAGUGUCGUGAACGGUGGUGCGGCGCCGCACCGAGAUUCUGAGCUGGAGAUCAUGAGCAUCACGAAGAGUGUCUUUGACGGCCUGACCGCCAAUCGGAGGUGCUGCGUCGAAUGUGGAUACACCGAGGCCGUCAUGCACUUCUCCUUCGACAGCUGGCAGUUAGCUUUGCCAAGGGCUAACGCCUGUGGUCUAGAAGAUUGCCUCGCGGAUUACACUCGCCUCGAGGUUCUUACGGACUGCAUAUGUCGGCGCUGUUCGAUGGAGGCGACGUAUGAGAAAUAUGCUAAGGAAGGAGUCGUCGAGAAGCCCAUUUCUCCACCCGCUUCCUCUUCAGCGACGUUGCCGACCCCGGAUGCCACUGAUAGCGUACCCAUGACCCCGGUAUCAAAGUCCAAGAAGAAGCGGGCGCAAGAAUCCCGCAAGUUGGCUUCUCGUGUGAAAGAUCUAAUUGAUGCCGGCCGAGUCGAAGAAGAUGUGAAGGGUGUCCAGGUUGUGAAGGUCGCUCGAGCGUCGACGAAGCAAGCUAUGGUUGCACGACCGCCACCGAUCCUAGUUCUGCAUCUCAACCGUUCUCUGCACUUUGGUGGCGUGUACGGCGCGGCCAAGAACAGCUGUAGGGUGUCAUUCGCUGAAAUUCUCGACUUAACGCCGUACACGACAAGUGGGAUGCUGAACACGAGCCCACAAGCACCGAUAUCUGGACCAGGCUUCCGGCCCUCGAUCUUCAUGCAGUCAACCGGCGUUCCAAAGGUUGAUCCAUCUACGCGAACGCUCUACCGCCUCAGCGGUGUUGUCGUGCACUAUGGCCAGCACUCCUUCGGACACUACGUGUGCUAUCGGCGAAGGCCGCGGCCUGCGCGCCUACCGGACGAGAAGCGAUGGCUGCCGCCGGGUGUGCGAGGGGAAGGCGAGAGCGGGCUCGCAAGCCUUGAGAGCAUACGCGGCACCGGCAGAGGUUGGCUCCGCGUGAGCGAUGACGACGUCCGCGAGUGCGGGAUCGAGAGCGUACUGCAGGAGGGCGCCGGCGCGUUCAUGCUCUACUAUGAACGGAUCGUCGUCCCGCCAACACCACCGCCCGGCGCACCGCUGGCAAACGGCCAGGCGCAUCUGCCCGCGCAAAACGAGCAACUCGCAACACCGGUGGACAUCGCGAGCACCCCGGUGGACUGCGUGAGAAGGCACGGAGUGUACCUCGACGACGACGAGCGCACUCCGCGCUGCUCGGAGGAGACGCUCAAACCCGCAAACGGGUACCGCAAGGCGAACGGCUCGAUCGACUCGCUCGCGUCGACGCUCGUGGACGACGUACAUGAGGGCACCAAAGCGAAAGGCGGCGCGGGCUCACCUGCGCAGGCUAGCUUGGAGCCAAGGCUCGUGCGCAGCGUCAGCCUCGGCCCGUACCACGCGGAUAAUCGGCCUCCGCCUGAGAGGUCGAGCGAAGUGCAGAAAGUUGAGGAGCACGAAGAGAGUGCAAUGCCUAACAGUAACGCGGCCGCCGCCGAUGGGGAUCGCCAGUUGAACGCAUCGUGAGUCGCGACGAGGGUUCAAAAUGGGAUGUAGACCGGACGAGAGGGCGAUGAUCACAUCCGCGGCAGCCGAUGGUGCUGGCCCCGCACCCAGGAGCUCUCCGGCAUGAGUUUCCUAGAAGGUCGCAGUCUCUGCACUGCCAGGGCACUUCACGGACUAGCAUGCAACGCCUCGUCCGGGGAGCAGCGGCGCAGCUUGAGCUGCGUAUAGACAACGGAUGCGAAUCGUGCGGGUUGUAUUUUAUUCGUAAAACGCUUUGUUGGUCUGCUGUAUACUGAUAUGUAUCUUCGCCCUGUGCUCGCUGCUGGAGCUGUGCGCGUACGACUCGAGAGAGCUUGGAUUGUCUGGGGCGUAAUUCUAUAUGUCGAGUUUCAAA